AGCGGCUGCCAGGGGGUUUUUUUUCCUCUAGUACUUCGGCAGCUGGAGCGAGAAGGGACCAUUGAGUGACAGGGGAGACAGCACAAAAACGGAUUAAAAUACUAUCCAUCAGAGGUUCAGAGAAGUGAAUCCCUGCGAGCAGUGGGAGACUGAUUGGUAAUGGCUUCGGGAGGAGAGUCCAAAUCUGAUGACUUGUCAACUGCUAUUUUGAAGCAGAAGCAUAGACCCAAUCGACUAAUUGUUGAUGAAGCAAUUAAUGAAGAUAACAGUGUGGUUUCACUCUCUCAGGCAAAGAUGGAUGAAUUGCAGCUUUUCAGAGGUGAUACAGUAUUGCUGAAAGGAAAGAAGAGACGAGAAACAGUUUGUAUUGUUCUAUCAGAUGAUACGUGUUCUGAUGAGAAGGUUCGCAUGAACAGGGUUGUGCGCAACAACCUGAGAGUGAGAUUGGGUGACAUUGUGAGCAUUCAACCAUGCCCAGAUGUAAAGUAUGGCAAACGGAUCCAUGUACUACCCAUUGAUGACACAGUUGAGGGCAUUACUGGAAAUUUAUUUGAAGUUUAUCUCAAACCAUAUUUCCUGGAGGCUUAUCGACCAAUCAGGAAAGGUGAUAUCUUUCUGGUCCGUGGUGGAAUGCGGGCUGUGGAAUUCAAAGUGGUGGAAACUGAUCCAAGCCCAUACUGUAUAGUUGCUCCAGACACAGUCAUUCACUGUGAGGGUGAACCCAUCAAACGAGAGGAUGAGGAAGAAUCUUUAAAUGAAGUUGGUUAUGAUGAUAUUGGUGGAUGCAGAAAGCAGCUUGCUCAGAUCAAAGAGAUGGUGGAGCUGCCUCUCCGUCAUCCUGCCCUUUUCAAAGCAAUUGGUGUCAAGCCACCACGUGGUAUCCUGUUGUAUGGCCCCCCUGGUACUGGCAAGACUCUGAUAGCACGUGCUGUUGCAAAUGAAACUGGCGCGUUUUUCUUCCUUAUCAAUGGACCUGAGAUCAUGAGCAAACUUGCAGGAGAAUCUGAGAGCAAUCUGAGAAAAGCAUUUGAAGAGGCUGAGAAAAAUGCUCCUGCAAUAAUUUUUAUUGAUGAAUUGGAUGCCAUUGCUCCAAAGAGAGAGAAGACUCAUGGCGAAGUGGAACGUCGUAUUGUGUCACAGUUGCUCACUUUGAUGGAUGGUUUGAAACAGCGGGCUCAUGUCAUUGUUAUGGCAGCUACAAAUCGACCAAACAGCAUUGAUCCUGCCCUUAGACGGUUUGGCCGAUUUGACAGAGAAGUGGAUAUUGGCAUUCCUGAUGCUACAGGUCGACUGGAAAUCCUACAGAUUCACACAAAGAACAUGAAGUUGGCAGAUGAUGUAGACCUUGAACAGGUUGCUAAUGAAACUCACGGGCAUGUUGGUGCUGACCUGGCCGCCUUAUGUUCUGAAGCUGCUCUUCAGGCUAUUCGGAAAAAGAUGGAUGUUAUUGAUCUGGAAGAUGAAACCAUUGAUGCUGAAGUUAUGAAUUCACUUGCGGUUACCAUGGAUGAUUUCAGGUGGGCAUUGAGCCAGAGCAAUCCAUCAGCACUACGUGAGACUGUGGUUGAGGUGCCUCAGGUAACGUGGGAUGACAUUGGUGGACUGGAGGAUGUGAAAAGGGAGCUCCAAGAACUUGUACAAUAUCCUGUGGAACAUCCAGACAAAUUUCUGAAAUUUGGCAUGACCCCUUCGAAGGGUGUACUAUUCUAUGGGCCACCUGGCUGUGGUAAAACUUUGCUGGCAAAAGCCAUUGCAAAUGAAUGCCAGGCUAACUUUAUCUCAAUCAAGGGACCAGAGCUGCUUACUAUGUGGUUUGGAGAAUCUGAGGCCAACGUCCGAGAAAUCUUUGAUAAGGCCCGUCAAGCUGCCCCCUGUGUGCUGUUCUUUGAUGAACUUGAUUCCAUUGCUAAGGCUCGUGGUGGCAACAUUGGUGAUGGUGGUGGUGCUGCUGAUCGUGUUAUAAAUCAGAUCCUGACUGAAAUGGAUGGCAUGUCCACCAAAAAGAAUGUCUUUAUCAUUGGUGCAACUAACCGCCCUGAUAUUAUCGAUCCUGCAAUUUUGCGUCCUGGACGCCUUGACCAACUGAUUUACAUUCCACUGCCUGAUGAAAAAUCUCGUGGUGCUAUUUUGAAGGCUAACUUGAGGAAGUCUCCUAUUGCUAAGGCAAUUGACUUGGAGUAUUUGGCUAAGACCACCAAUGGAUUUUCUGGAGCUGAUUUGACUGAAAUCUGUCAGCGAGCCUGUAAACUUGCAAUCAGAGAAUCGAUUGAAAGUGAAAUCAGACGAGAACGUGAAAGACAAGGCAAUCCUUCAGCCAUGGAGGUUGAAGAAGAUGAUCCAGUUCCUGAGAUACGAAAGGACCAUUUUGAGGAAGCUAUGCGCUAUGCACGCCGAUCUGUCAGUGAUAAUGAUAUUCGAAAAUAUGAAAUGUUUGCACAAACACUGCAGCAGAGUCGUGGAUUUGGCAGUUUCAGAUUCCCAUCUAGUAGUCAAGCUGGUGCAGGACCAAGCCAAGGAACUGGAGGAGGAAGUGGUGGAAACAUGUUCAGUGAAGACAAUGAUGAUGAUCUGUAUGGUUAAACAUACAUUGUGGACCAAAUUUUACCAGGCCAAGUUGUACAAUUUCCAUUUCUUGGACUGUUGCUCUUCCCUCACCUCCAAACCUUCCCCACUCCCAUCCCACCCCUUCAGUCCAGUCAGAGAAGCAUGUGCAGCUUUCAAUAAUCUGGUUACAGGGGUUUCUUCUAAUGAACCUAUUCUUGAUGUUGGAUGUGAAGUUAACUGUUAAAUCACUGCAGAGUAGUCAAUGACUACCUUCUGGGAAACUUCUGUUCAAAUUGAUGAAGCAGCUUUUGCAGUGAGUAUAACUGUAGCCUGAAAAAAAAAAUACACAAUGCUUAUGGAACUUCAUUUUUUUUAUUUCAGUAGGUGACAUGAUAAAUGUAUAAGUUUGAAGAGAUGUUAAGGAUCUUAAUAUGAACUGAUAAUAAAAUCUGAAUUGUUGCACCUCUAAUAAGAA